AUGCCCUACUUUGCUUCCUCACGAUGGCCAGUUAUAGUAAACAACUCAUUACUCCUUGACAACGAUGUUGUCAUUGGAGUUGUGAGGAGUUUAGUGACUCCCAAGGAUGUGUGUGUGCUAGGAACAAGGGAUGAUAAUAGGGUAGUGAGUGAUGAUGUGACAUUGAGCGUGCAAAGUGCGACAUCUGUCACAAGUGUUAGGCAUCGCCUAAUUGUGAAAUCCCAUGAAGUACAAGUGGAGAGGGUGAUCUUUGGAAGCUCAAGUGAUGGGCCCCAAAAAGUGGUGCGUGAAAACCCAAAAGAGGAGGUCCAAAAGGCCAAACUGAAGUCUCCAGUUGUGGAAAUAGAAAACGUGUCAUGA